AAAACAGUGAUAAGACUAAUAACACUGAAUCUGAGAUAUCGCAAAACUUGUACCGAUAAAUUUAAAUCGUUUUUUUGUCUUCUGAACUUAUUCUUAAUAAUUUGUCGUUCAAAAUAAUUCAUCGUCAGAGUUAAGUGUUAGAGAAAUGAACAAAGUGCAAAAAUUAAAUACCGGGUUGAACAUCCCAAUAUUAGGAUUCGGAACCUAUAAAAUUAGUAAUCGUGAGAAAAUAUUUGAGGUUGUUGACAUUGCCUUAGACGUUGGAUACAGACACUUUGAUAGUGCUGUUUGUUAUCGAAACGAGAGUCACAUAGGCGAGGCCCUGAAGGAACUGCUGCCGAAAUAUAACUUACGAAGAGAAGACAUAUUUAUAACGUCGAAGAUCAUUCCAGCAUUAAAUCAACGCGAAGCUGAAGUAACAUCCAUUGUAAAGAGGUCACUUCAAAACUUGCAAAUCGACUACGUAGAUCUGUACCUGAUACAUUGGCCUGGUGUUUCUGGUAUCAACGUGACUAGCUCCGAAAAUAAGUCUUAUCGCAAAAUGACGUGGAAUGCGUUGACCAAAUUACACAAAUCUGGACACUGUCGAUCGAUUGGAGUGAGCAACUAUAAUGUUUCACAUUUGGAAGAGCUACUAGCUGAUUGUGAUGGUGUUCCACCCUCGGUGAAUCAAUGCGAAUGGCAUCCCAGGUACCAUCAGCCGGAAUUAGCGCAUUUUUGCCGGCAACAUAACAUAUUUCUUCAAGCAUACUCAUCAUUGGGCACAUCGGAUAAUUUACGAUUGCUUAAUGACUCAACAGUCUUUGGGAUAGCCGAAAAAGUCGGCCGCACAUCAGCACAGGUUUUGUUGCGUUGGGCGUACCAGCAAGAUAUUGGUAUAUUGCCGAAAGCCAGCUCUAGGACACAUAUUGAAGAGAAUUUUGAUUUAAAUUUCGAACUAUCGGCGGAAGACAUAGAUUUGUUAAAUAAUUUGAAUGUCACUGAAAAAUACGCUUGGGAUCCGACGGUUGUAGUCUGAUUGGAUUAUUGCAUUACCAAUCAGGCAAAAACCCUUAAAAGAGUAAAAAGGGACGCAAGUCCCUUCCCAAAAUUUACAAAAAAUGUGUCACAAAGUGUCCGAUGAUUCGGCCUUCUUCAUUUUAAAUGUCUUUCUUUCACGACAUUAUUCUGCAUUUCAAAAAUUUUAUUUACCGUACUUUUUUCAGCAUCUGCGAUCUGGGAUUUGCUUCACUUUUUACUAUUUAAAGGGU